CCUAAGCAUAAGCUUCUACUGCAUCUAUCUAGCGUCGUCGUAGUAUCUGCAAUGGCCAACCACGGAGCUGCCGCUCUCCUGAUGGCGUCACUUCUCCUAGCGGUGACCCUCGCCGAUGCCAGGAUCACCUUGCAGGUGCAGGGUGGCAGCAUGAAGGAAGGUGACGCGGCUAUGACGUUCGUGAAGACCGUGCCGGCGUUGACGUGCAACAAGGUGCGCGGGUUCCAGGCGGGCGAUACCUGCUUCGACGUCGCGGUGGGUGCCGGCUUGACCCAGGCUCAGUUCCUCAGCUUCAACCCAAACCUCAACUGCCUCAAGGUUUUCGUUGGCCAGUGGGUCUGCCUCCACGCCUCCUCUGCCUGAUAGCCAUGCAGUGGGGCUAGCUGCAGCCUGCCUGCAUCGAUCCUUGCUAAAUACUUAUAACAUUAUAAAUAAGGAGACGGUCAGCCGUAUACCUCCACUACUACCUAUUUGUGCUUCCCUCGCAAAAUGAGGUGCUUGCGUGUUGUCUGGAGUAGUCCGAUCGUCUCUGUCUUUGUAGCAGCUUUGGCUUG